AUGAAGCCCGAGAACUGUGUUACGGAGCCGAUGCCGGUGCGCUUGAUCACGCUUAACAUCCGAUACGCCAUUAAAAAGACGCUCUUACCAAACGAGCAGCCAUGGGAAGUCCGGCGCCCGAAGGUGACAUCUCAGCUGAGAUUCCACACUGCCGGCCUUCCAAAUGCCUUUCUCUGUAUACAAGAAGCGCAGAACCAACAACUUCACGAUCUAGAAGCCGAACUGGGCCCACGAUGGGCCAGCAUCGGUCGUGGUCGUGCUGAUGGGGUGUCCGAUGGGGAAUUCUCGCCGGUGUUCUACCGGAUUGAUCACUGGACUGUAGAGCGGAGUGAGACGUACUGGCUCAGUCCCACACCAGAGAAGCCUUCGAACGCAUGGGGCGCAACCAUCAAUCGCAUUGUCACGGUUGGCUUGUUCAAGCACAAGACCUUCGACGCUAGAAUCAUUGUGAUGAGCACGCAUCUCGAUCACGAAAGCCAAGAAGCCAGGCGCGAGAGUGCUAAAUUGCUUCUCAAGAUUGCUGAAGAGUGGCGCAAGGAUGCGUCAGCAGGUUGUGGAAAGGAUGUGCCGGUUUUUCUGGGCGGGGACUUCAACAGCGGGCCAAAAGACGAGCCGCAUCAGAUUUUGACAGCCCAGCCUGGAGGCAUGAGAGAUAUAUCAGACUUGGUCCCGGCUUAUCAACACUACGGGAAUAAAAUCACCUACACGACCUUUGGGGAGGCAAAACCGACGACGAUUGACUAUCUCUUUGUGCUGAACCCCGAGCACAUCCGGUUUCCAAACUUUGCUGUUGUAUCAAACAGCUUUGACGAUGGUGUUUAUUACUCGGACCAUCGACCUGUGGUAGCAGACAUGGAAUUUCUGCCCUCUACAGAUUAG